AUGUCUUCUAGCAGCGACGAAGAUUACCUCAAUGUUGAGUAUAUCCCUAUGGAGAAUACUCCCAGUGAUGGAGACAUGAGUACAUGGCCUGGUGAAAAUUACCUUGAACGCCCCGACUUUCGUUGGCGGCAGUUACUUGCUGAGAAUUGGCUCAAGGCUAUGGGAUCUUAUGAAGAGGUCACCACUGAGCGUCGGCCCGCUGAUGCAGAGGGUCCGGAUUACUGGCGGAUUAUGGUUAUGAAAUUGAAAGAUAAGGGGCAUCUCGAUGAAGAUAUUGAGCAAAAAUUCAAUCUCGACUGGGUGUUGACCCAUGAAUGGCUUUCAGAUUACUUCAUGAAACUGGUCCUGGAUCCCGCUUACGUCCCUCGUCGGGGCGAGCUUGUUCUGUGGAUCUGGCAGGGUCUGGAAGACGGCUGUUUGUUGCGCAACCCCGAGACUGGGUUUAUUGAAAUAUUCGGCAACGACAACGAGUGGCACGGCGUGCCCAAGUGGCGUGCCGGUGUGGUUACGCAAACCCCUGAGGAAGAAGGGCAUAUGGUGAAUAUCAUCGAAACUCCGGAUAAUCCACGCGGGCUAAGCUACUCUGGUUUCCGGGUGGAGACUCUACCGGAUCCACUGGGUAAUGACAAGUCUUACUCGGUGCAAUACGCCUAUGUUCCAUUGCGUAACAUCAAACCUUUCAACACAUGGCAAGCCUACCUCAAUGGCCAACAGCGAGAGGACGCACAUCCAUCCAUCGAGAAUGCUAUGACCGUCAUGUCUUCCUGGAGCAUGGUUCACAAGUUCCACGUUAUUGGCGACUGGCCCAACGCCCGGAUCCAGUGCAAGGGAAUCUUCGUUGGAGCCGAACUCCUUGCCCUACACGACACCGUCCGUCUUAGGCCGCAUGGAUUCCAUCCUGACCAGCUCAAAGACGGAACAGUCGGCGAAGUGACGGACGUGAUGGUCAUUGAAAAAAUCCAACUCUGUCUUUCGGAGUGUACCGACACCGACCCGGAGCAGCUAGCAGAACACUUCACGGCCCUAAUCUCCGGCAAAUUAUUCACAACCAACCCAAAUCGUAUUACCGAAGAUGGUCCAUUCAAAUGUACAGAUGCAGCAACCGAACCUAUCCCCCUGACUGCGGAAGAAGCAACGACUACCUUCCGCCAGGUCGGCUUGAGCGACUACGGUCCCUGGUACCGCAUGGCAGAUGGCAGAACUUGUAACGUAUCUCCGCACCUAAUCAUCGGUCGCUGCUACGAACCCCUCGCGGCAGAACUCAUGUUCGGCACCCACGCCUUGGGUUACGACGUAUCCGGCGUUAUGGAAGGUCGUGCAUACUCCUCGCAAGUCGAUACGCGCAUGGCUAAGGGCAAAACGUGGUUCUGGGGCGACUGCCGGGUUGAAACGCUCGGACUGACAGAGAUCAACGGCGUGGAAUGCGGUCGUACGGCGGCGCAGCGUGAAGACCCCCGCAAGUGGCAGGCGAUUAUUAAAAUGUCGCACGGCGAAUUCAGUCACGCUCUCCGACGCCAGGCUAAUAUCCCGUCUUCCGGUGGUCGACCCUUUAAGUCUUCAUCUUCCGCUCUGAAGGGUACUAGCUCGCGGCCGAAGACUGGUCUUUCGCAGGUUGCACGGAACAGUAAGAUGGUCAGUUCUGCUAUUGGCAGUGCACCAGAGACUGAGGAGGACUCUUUUGACGAUUAUACUGGAUUGACUGAUGAUCCAGUGACUGGUGGUGUCUCUGGGCUGGGGCUUCAGGGCAAACAUUCUUCUGGGGAGGAUAGUGGGGAGGACUAUCCGUUUGCGUAG